AUGGCUCACCGGUGUAACACUACGCUUGAAACCGCCUGGAAUAAAGAAAAUGCAGAACAUCCAACAUUUGCUGCGUUCAAUCUUGCGAUUCGUGAAUUACGUAAAUAUGUUAAUCAAUCAAGUGGUAUUCAAGACAAGUUACCAAAGACAUUGAAAGGUGGGUGUGGUACACGUGCUUGGCGUUCAUAUUUUACCAUUCACGAUUCUUUAAAUGCUUCUAUUGAACAACUUAAUAAUGUACUUCGUGAAAGACAAGAACAACAUCGAUUAUUCAACAUUGAUCCAAUUUUGGUAAAGGAAAUUGUUAAAUUAAUGAAUCCAUUUUCAAUGAUUUUCGACAAACUCGAAAUGGCUAAUAUACCUACAUUACAAAACGUGGUGCCUAACUAUUAUCGUAUGAUGAACGAUGUUCGUGCUGAUAUAAAUGAUCAUAAGAUAGUUGAUGCAUUAAAAACCAAAAUUCGAUCUUGUCUUGAUGAUAAAUUUUUAUCUUCGAUUUUACCAAUUCAUUGGGUUGCUACUUACUUGGAUCCAUCGUUUAAAUCUUUUUCGUUUGUUUCGGAUCGUUCGUAUUUGGAAACACAGAAGAAAACUGUUCGAAAAGGUUUACAUAUAUUAAUGUCUAAUAUUAUCCAUCAUCCAGAUAUUUCCUGCACACUACAACAUUCAUUCGACAAUUCACCACCAUCGAAACGAAUGAAAAAAGAUGAUCCAUUCUCCGAUUUUCUUAAUGCAAAAACCACAAAACAUCCAUCAAAUGGUAACCGAAAUGCAUUAACAAUAGAGUUAGAUCGACAAAUUCAAAUGUACGACAGUAUGGAAAUCGAUGACGAUUACGACAAUAAUCCAUUUACAUUUUGGUAUAGACACAAAGGUGAUCUUUCGCUUCUCGCCAAAAUUUCGAAGUCUUUGUUGGUAAUUCCUGCCUCGUCGGUAGGUAUGCACCAGUUACAGUUUUUUACCAGUUAA